CUGACAUUCCGACCUCAGUCCCUCCUCAGUUACUUAUUACCGCCGCCUGCUCUGCCUCCACAAUCAUUUCACAGCGACAAGAGGAGCGAGGCAGCCCGUCCUGGGGGACAGAGACAGCAUGAGACACGUUUGACUCCACAAAACUCAAGGGGAAUACUGGAAAUACGGAAUUUCACGUCCACACUGAGGCGACAUGAAGAGCGCGUGAGCUGGUUCACAUUAGAUAAACAUUUUUCCACAUUGAAAAGAAGAAGCAACUUAGUUGAUACUCGGAGAGAGAACUUUGUUCACGCUGUAUAAUAAUGUCGUCCACUGAGGAGCCGUCCGGCACGGUCCUGCACCGGCUCAUCCAGGAGCAGCUCCGCUAUGGAAACCCCACAGACACCCGCACCUUGUUGGCCAUCCAGCAGCAGGCCCUGCGUGGAGGCAGCAGCGGAAGCAACAGUGGACCCAGUGAAAUGAGCAGGAGCCCACAGUCCUCACUGGAAAGCCUGACCCAGGAGGACCCAGCGCUCCCUCAGCUCUCCGCGAGGCAGGAGCCUCAAGGCCAAGAGCACCAGGGAGACUACCAUCACUCGGAAAGCAGCUACCAGCUGCACGGAGAGAUGCUGCCGACCUAUGAGCAGGCCAAGGUGCACUCUCAGUACCUGUCCUCCAACUGGGCUCAGGGACAGCUUCUGCUCCACGAUGGGACCUUCCAUCAGGGAGCAGAUCUGCUGCAGCAGAAGUGCGGCCACGUGCGCUCACUCAGUGAGCACCUCAUGCAGAUUUCUCUGGAGAGGAGGGAUGCUGCGGCUAAAGCCGAGGCCAUCAAGGCCAACUACCACAGCUACCCGGAGCUUCCCUACUACACACCACAGUACAUUCAGAGCACAGGGCAAAGCAUGGACAAACGCAACCCGCCGCCGGAGUACACCGCCCCCAUCCAGGGUCCGGCAUUUAUCCAGGAGCCAGUGCAGCCUCAGCAGCACAGGUAUGUUCAGUCUGCUCAGGCAGCAGAAGCCCCCAGCUACAACACAUUUAACAGCCUGCCCCCUGCUGGCCUGGAGGAACCCAACCAGGUGGAGCUGCUAAUGAUGGAAAAUGAGAGACUGAGGCAGGAGCUGGACAUGCACAGGGAGAAGACUGGCCGCAUUCAGAAGCUGGAGCAGGAGAUCCAGCGUAUUUCAGAGGCCUAUGAGACACUGAUGCAGGGCAGCAGUAAGAGAGAAAACCUGGAGCAGACGCUGAGGAGGCGGUUGGUGGCUGAACUCAGGCGGCUGCAGGAUUUCAACAGAGACCUCAGAGAAAACCUGGACAACGCCAGAACCCACGUUGCAAAAGAAGUAAAGGCAGCCGACCACAACCAGCACAUCAUGGCGAAACUCCUUGAACAAAAUGAGGAGCAGAACUACGAGCGCGAGCGCGUCGAGCGGGAGCUGCAGCGUUUGCGAGUGGCCGCAGAAGAGCAGGGUGUCAGAGCGAAGCGGCUCGAGGAGGCCCUGGAGGCAGCUCGGGGACGAGGCCGCCAGCUCGAAGAGGAGCUGAGGAGGAAGAGGGCCUAUGUGGAGAAGGUGGAGAGGCUUCAGAGCGCGCUGGCUCAGCUGCAGUCCACCUGCGAGAAGAGGGAGAGCCUGGAGAUGAAGCUGAGGACGAGGCUAGAGCAGGAGCUGAAGAGUCUGAGGGCACAGCAGAGGCAGUCCCAGCCUCCAGGACUGACCAUGAACUCGCUCCAGGAGCGGCUGCGAGAGCGCGAGGAGCGAAUCCUGGCCCUGGAAACCGACAUGGUGCGCUGGGAGCAGAAGUACCUGGAAGAAAGUACCAUGAGGCAGUUUGCCAUGGAGGUGGCUGCCACCGCUGCUGCUCAGAGAGACACUACCAUCAUUAACCACUCGCCCUGCCACUCCUCCAGCAACAGCUUCAACGAGGACCUGCCCGUCGCUGACUACAGGAACCAGGAGAUGGAGAAUAGGAUCCGCGCUCUGUAUGCUCAAAUUUUGGAAAAAGAUGCUGUGAUCAAGAUCCUCAACCAGAGGCUGCACCACGAUCAAAAUCCAAAGGAUGAGAGGAGUCUCCGAACAAACCUCAUUAACACAGGAGCUCCCCUCCGCCCGGCCUCCUCCACUCCCUCCAUUUGCACCUUCAGCGCUAUGAGUCGAGAUAAAAAUCUGUCAGACGAUCAAACUUUGCCAGUCUGUCAGUUCUCUGCUCAGUCGGAGCCGUCGACACUAGAACGACAGCUGGAAGGAAUCAAAUCCAAAGAGAUCGCCAGCACAGCUAAGCUUAACGACGAUAAUUCAGCAACUAAAAAGAUGCUGGUGAAUCCAUUCAGGGGACUGGAUGACGUGGAGCCGGAGGCGGUGGAAAUCUUUAUUUAAAGGACCGGGAUGAGGCAAGCAGACAAAAUCUGGACUAUCUGUGAAGACUGCAAGAAUACAGACAAAUUACUGGAUCCAAGAAUGUUAAAAAAGAAAGAGUUGCUUAAAAAAAGAGACUGUGAGCUGUGCUCUGACCUACUUUCUUCUCACUGAGCUGGGCAGCUGCAGGCGGUUCUGCCUGGCACAGUGAGAAACAUGAAUCUUCUGAGGUACUUGUUGGACAGUAUUGUGGAUUCUAAUACAUAUUCUCAGAGUAUAUGCCAAAAAAAUAUUUAUAUAAAUCGAUUUAUAUAUAAAAAAUGCUGCUUCCCUUUCUUUAUUACCCCCUUUAUUUCUUUCCCAGUUAAAAAGCUGAAUCUAAUGUGGUUUCCACAUUCCCUAAAUAUUAACGUCAGCCUUGUCUACAUAAAUAUUCAGUUGAGGGUUAGCUAUGUGACCUGCAUUCCCUUCUUCUUUUUUUUUUUUUUAAACAAAAAGUGGAUUUAAUCUUGAAUAAUUUCAUUCCCAAUACAGAUGAGAUCUCUUUGGAAAACUUCCCUGACUUUGUUUUAAUAAUUUAAGCUGAAAACACAAGAUUUAAAGCUCUCCCUGGUCAUAUUUCUUCAGCCUGAGGAGCUGGUUCUGCUCAGGUUUUUGACGUAUGUGAACAGCGAGCUGCUUAAUAUAUGAUUUUACUUAAUUUUGUAAGUUUGUACUUUUGGGAUGUAGCUUUGUGGUGUUGUUGGUUGUGUUUUUCCUCUCCAAGGAUGUUUGCAUGCGUGAUAUCGUGUGUGUGUGUCCUGAUGUGGUGAUCCUGCUGGUUUGGUUACCACUGAGGGGCAAUGAGGUGUUCUGUCCGUUCUUUUGUGUUUACUGUGAGCUUCAAACUAACAAACAGGUUAAUUAUUGUUAUUAUAUAUUUUAUACAGAUAUUAUUUUUAGAUACAGCAGUGCUUUCAGGACAACGC